GCAAAUCUCCACAAUAGACAACAUCAAUACUCCAAAAACAAAAAAUAUACUUACUGCUUCUAGAAUCAUUUAUCCUCCUCCCAAAAACUGCUGCUGCCCGCUGGCAUGCAAGCAUAAUGAAGGGAAGGAUUACAUGAUGUGCUGUUAUGUGCUGUGUAAAGAAGCCAAAAUGGGUGUAUGCCAAUUGGAAUGAGUUCGGGAGGAGGGGAAACUGGCUUUGUGAAAUUUUCCCCUCGAUAGGCGGGUCUCCAGAGUCUAGAAUAGGAUAGGAUUGCAAUCGAAGGAUCCUGUGACAAUAUCAUGACCCUAGUCAUAUUUGCUUUUCCAUGGCUAUCAAGGAUGCGCUGUCUCAAGAUGCUACAGGAUGCUUAACCUCAUAGAUAGUUAUCCUUGUGACUCUGUCUUUUACAUUUAGUGCCGCAAAUCAUUACUCCUGAUAUUGCUUUGGCACCUUAGUGACAAAAAUGAGUGAACAUCCUGUCUUGGAUCAUGUUCUGAAGGAUAUACUUAAGGUGAUCAUGCCCUUACAAGAAGAUUGGGUGAUACGGCUUGAGAUUAUUAAGGAUCUACGCGGAGUUGUUGAAUCUAUGGAAAACUUUAGAGGUGCAACUGUCGAGCCAUUUGGAUCAUUUGUGUCAAAUCUCUUCACGCGAUGGGGUGACUUGGAUAUUUCAAUUGUGCUAUCAAAUGGUUCUCAUAUUUCUUCUGCCGGGAAAAAGCGCAAACAAACAUUAUUGGGGGAUCUUCUAAGAGCAUUAAGGAUGAGAGGUGGAUGUAACAGCUUGCAGUUCAUACCGCAUGCCCGGGUUCCCCUUUUAAAAUUUAGAAGUAACCGCCAGGGUAUAUCUUGUGAUAUUUCAAUUGAUAACCUGCUGGGUCAAAUGAAGUCCAAGCUUUUGCUCUGGAUCAGCAUGAUGGAUGACCGCUUCCAUGAUAUGGUUUUACUGGUCAAGGAAUGGGCCAAAGUGCAUAAGAUCAAUAACUCAAAAACUGGAACUUUCAACUCCUAUUCCCUCAGUUUGCUUGUGUUAUUUCAUUUUCAGACAUGCGUUCCUGCAAUUUUACCCCCACUUAAAGAUAUAUACCCUGGCAACAUUGCUGAUGAUCUUAGAGGUGUUAGGGCUGAUGCAGAGAAACUUAUUGAAGAAACAUGUCGCAAUAACAUGAAAAUGUUCACAUCAAACAGACGCAGACAAAUUAACAAGAAGCCUUUGUCUGAACUUUUCCUCGAAUUCCUAGAAAAGUUUAGCGAUAUCGAUUCCAAAGCAAAAUCGGAGGGAAUCUGCACGUUUAAUGGACAGUGGGAACUGAUAAACAACAACAUGAGAUGGCAGCCCAAGACUUAUGCCAUAUUUAUUGAGGAUCCUCUGGAGCAGCCGGAAAAUCCUGCAAGGUCCGUUAGCAGAGGGCAACUUACAAAAAUAGCCGGCGCUUUCAAGUCGACACACAGCAACCUUACUUCUGGGAAUGCAACUCGUGGUUUUCUGAUAAGGGAAUUAGCACAACCGCAUGUGUCCCAUUUUAUGGGAGUUUCUGGCAAGCCAGGUUACAAUGGUGGGUACUACCACCAUAAUUCAAUCCGGCCACAAACCCCGCCGCACAAUCAUUAUUCUACCCGGCCACGUGGACCACCGCCAAGAGCCAUGGCGCCGAGACCCCCACAAAGCAACCACCAUUUUGUGCGCACAAAUCAAGAAACAUCCUCCAGUAACACUGCUAGAGGACAUGUGCAGGCACCUCAACGCCAGCAGAUAUGGAGGCAGAGGAUCCAAUAAACUGGUGACUUGCUUGCAAGUCGGGAAUCAGCAAUCCAUAUUAUUGAUUAGAUUGAUAACCUUUUAUGAUUUUGCUGAUGAGUGAACAAUAUCGCUUAAUUCAAAUGCUGGCUCAUUGCUAGUUUGUUGUUGAACUUGACAUUUUAAUUUUUAUGUUGUUCCUUGGCUUGAACGUGAAAAGAAUCCAAUGGAAACAAUUUGGAGAAA